UCUCAUAAGAUCUUUCUUGCUGUGUUACAACAAAACGAUGACAACUCCGGGACGUACCCACGUUCCAUGGCAGACCCAAACAGCUCAGAUCAGUGAAUUGAUCAGUUAUAUCGGCUUUCUCGAGGCGAAAGUCUCGUAUCUCCAACGCCACCAUGAACACUGCGAUACAGGGGUAGAUGGACCCCCUUUGGCCGAUGCAAACUUGCCAUAUCUUCCGCCUGACAUUGUUGUUGUCAACGAUGAGAGCCGAAUCGUCCAAGCCACGCAGUCUUCCCCAGCCUUGUCGCUCACAACUACGCAGCCGCCUAAAAACAUAUUCGGAGGCAAUCCCCGCUGGAAGCAAAUCAUCAACCAAUUAACCACGGGGUGGGACAAAGCCAGUAGCUGGGAAGAUAAGAGAGUGGUUAUUGGACUUGACUCGGUCGAACGGAACAAGUAUGCUCUAACAGCCAUUCUAGGCUUAAAAAAAGACCUAUUUCCUCCACGAGACGAGUCUCCACCAUCUACAUCCCGAGACUCUUUCUAUGCGACUGACGCUUUGAUAAUGUCGGCUCGGAAGUAUGCUAUAGACAGUAAAGCCUCCCAAACAAGUGAGGGCCUUGUUGUACAGGUGCACAUCUUCCGCGAAUUGGUCUUCGCGUCCUUGUGUGUGGUAAUGGAGCAUCAAGGUCUUCCAAUUGAUACCAUCGAUAGCCUAAUGCGAAUCUGUAUAUCGAGCUCUGGAUCGGCAAAUUUAUAUCGUUUGAGGCGUGGCGCACUUUGGAUCAAUCGUGUAAUUUCAGGUACUAUGAUGAAGAAAAUGGGAUGGGGCCGUGGAUCUACCGAGUUUUUCUUCCUCUCUGGACGGCCAGUUUCGCAAUACGGUCUGCUGUGGGAGGCAUGCACUCACUCCUUCCCAUAUCUGAGCAAACAACUUGCCCAUAUUAGUUGUAACGUUAAUGUCCCUAUCGAUGAUCCAAGUUGGAUUCCUUUCUCAAUACCUGUUAUUAUUAAGCAGCUUCUUGGUGAUGUAUUAACGAUCGAGCAAAUCUGCAACGCCUUGGAUUAUAGCAUAGAUGCAGUUUGA